GCACCCACCAUCCAAGGAAAAGAUUUUAAGCUCCCGGUCGCGUCUGACGAGCUACCAACGUCGUCGACGGCAAGCAUGACCGCCGAGGGCUCGCGAAUGACCCGGCAGCGCCAUAAGCACCUCUAGCUGGGACCCGCCCUCGUCCUCCACGCGUGCCAGUCGCCACAGCGCGCCGGCUACGCCAACUGGGAAUGCGAUUGGGAAAGCGAUUGGGAAAGCGACUAGGAAUGCCAUUGGGAAUGCCAUUGGGAAUGUGAUGGAGAUGGCUCUGCCCCCGCUGAAUACACGACUUGGCCGCCGCGGCCGACGCUACGUCUUCCUCGCCGCAUGCUUCGCCCUGGGCUCCAUCUUUAUUACCCUCAACUACUCGUACACGCCCGCCUCGAUCAACGGCUACCUGCCCAAGUCCAUCCCGAAGCCCGACUUGACGCCAAAGCCCGUCGACCGGCGGCCGCCGACAAGCCAUGCUCCGCCCAAGUACAAGCCCACGCCGACGUGGGGGCCGCCCGCCAUAACCGACCCCUUUCCGCUGCUCGCGGCGUCGACAGCGGCUCCGCCCCCCAUCCCCGAAUACAACGUGCCGCGCGUAGGCAUGCACAACGAGUACGGCUUCGACAAGCCGCCGCCGCUCUUCAUCGGCUUUACGCGCAACUGGCCCAUGCUGCUGCAGGCCGUCGUGUCGUACAUCACGGCGGGGUGGCCGCCCGAGGGCAUCUAUGUGAUCGAGAACACGGGCGUGCACAGCAAGAACCGCGAGGGCAAGCUGUCGCUGCAGAACCCCUUCUACCUCAACUACACCACCCUGGCCCGGCUCGGCGUCGUCAACGUGGUGCCCACGCCCACGCUGCUAACCUUUUCGCAGCUGCAGAACGCCUUCCUAUCGCUAGCGUACUCGUACGAUACGCCCUACUACUUCUACAGCCACCAGGACGUCGUCGUCUUCUCCUUCGAGAACGGCACCGACCGCGAGCAGCGGCCCGGCGACCGCGAGUGGCACUUCUACGACGCCGCCGACGAGGAGGCCGCCAUGGGCGCGCCGGCCGCGCGCGAGCGGGGAUACCGCACGAUAUACGAGAACUGCCUGCGCGAGCUGGCCGACGUGGAGCGGCGCGGCGAGCGGUGGGGGUUCCGGUGGCACCAGUACGACCACCUAACGCUGGUCAACCGCGACGCCGUCGAGGCCGUCGGCGGCUGGGACGCGCUGAUUCCCUACUACACGUCCGACUGCGACAUGAACGGCAGGCUGGCCAUGGACGGCUGGUCCAUGCGCCACCGCCGCGUCGGCAUCGUUAACGACGUGUCGAGCGUGCUGGACGACCUCGAGGCCCUGUACCGCAGCCCCCACGUCGCCCCCGCCUUCACCGACCCCAACCCCCUGCCCCCGGACCGAGAGGCCAAGAUCAUCGCCGACAAGGCCGCCUCAAAGACUAAAGCCGACGACGAGGCCGCCGCAAAGGCCAAAGCCGACGACGAGGCCCGGGCGAAGCUAAACUCCACCACCCCUCUACCAAAGCCAGACGCAAAAGAAGUAGCAAAACGAAACCCCCCUCCAGCUUCAGCCCCAGCCCCAGCCCCGGCCCCGGCCCCAGACCCAAUCCUAGUCCCCAUGCCCGCAGACCCGCUGGCCUACUUCUCCGUCCUCAGCCGCGUCGGCACGGCCAUGGGCUGGCACAAGUACCGCGACCGCGACAAGCUGCGCAACACGUGGCAGCGCAGCCAGCGCGGCGGCGCCGGCGAGCCGUUCUACUACGACCCGGCCGGGUUCGCGCGCGCGUUCGAGCUGCUCACCGACGCCGGCCGCGCCGUGUACGCCGAGAAGUGGGGCCACCGCGACUGCGAUAUUGCCGAGAAGACGGCGCUGAGGCUCGAAGACCAGUGGCGGGUGGAGAAGGAUUGGGAGAAGGAGGGGUGAUUUCUACAUGUUUGCUUUUAGUCGAGGGGGGUUUGCGCUGAUGUUGAUAUGUAUAGUACGAUGUGUUUGUGUGUCUGGGAGAGGGUACAUGUGGCGGAGUUUUUUGAGGGGGAUUUAGGAUUACGGAUCUUCACCGGGCGCUAUCUAUUUAGAAUUUGGGGGUUUAUGACUAUAUCUACUAGACUAGGUAGGUACCGAGCUAUAUUAUGUCGGUAUGGCAAUGACAUACAUGCAGUUCUACCAAG